AUGAGCUUGAAGGAAGACUUAGGACAGCUUCUCGUGACGUUGUCUCCCCGUACGCGUUUGAGACUUGAAAAGAAAUGCUUGAUCGACACGCAUCCUCUGCAACUUUUCGCAGUUCUAUCCGAUGCAACUGCCACAGCAGCUGUGCGCCAGCUUGCGGGUGUUCUUUUGGCCAAGCAGAUUCCAUCAUAUUGGUCAAUCGGUCCAGUUUCCGAGAGACUGAAACUUCAGAACGGCCUUCUUGUUGCUUUGGACUCCUUAGACUGUGAUGGAGCUGUGAUCCGAAGUUUGGUGGACUGCACAGCCUGUUUGGCAAACUGUUUGGCCAUAGACGGAGUGGCGUGGCAGGACCUUUUCCUGUGGAUGCGAGGCAUUGCUUCUGAGACCAGGCUGACGAACGGUGUGGGUACCCACUGCGGUCACAAUCAUUGCAGUUCCUUUAGCUCCACAUCUCCUGCAGCUCCUGCAGGCUAUUCACAGAGCUGUUUGCAAAGCUCGCAAUCCAUCCGAAAGCGACGCGCCUUUCUGUACCUUCUGGACAGACUACUGGAGUCGGCACCAUGGAAAGAUUUCCUGGAGCCUCAUGUCAUGGAGCUUUCCGAGCUAUUGUAUCGAAUGGCUAUGUUGGCGAGGACCAAAGGUGAUGGAAUCAGUGAUGGAAUGCAGGAAGAUGAAUUUGCCUGUUCAAAACAUGCCUUGGAGUCGCUAGGCUCCCUUGCGAGCGUUGUUCGGGGAGAGGAUGAUGCCCAGGUUUUCCACUAUCGGAUUGUCCAAGUGUUGCUAAGCCAUGAGAUCAUCGGAAGCGAGCUUUGCGAAUCAGCACUGGAAGCCUUGUCCAGGGCAGCUGCCGCAGACGAGUUACUCAUUGCUGACACUUCCUUUUACAACCCGGCAUUGGCCCCUGAAGAACUGUGUCCCGUUGUCCGGCUGGGGCUCAGUGCUUCAGUGACUCAACGUGGGCAACGUCGCAAUUUGGCACUAAGAUUGUUGCAUAGCAUCGCAGACUCACACUCUCGCUUGCUUUGCACAUCACGUGGUGGCCAGCUCUCUGCAGAUGAAGUUCUGCGAAUCUUGAUCGAGGAUGUAGCACCUGAUGAGGUCCGAUUGAAAUCAUUUGAUUCUGACGGUCCUUUUCCAGUGGAGGCUGCUUCUGCCGCAGAAUGGGGUGCAGAAUAUGCAUUGCUUGCUCAAAUUUCCAAACGCAUGCCAGACAAGUUGAUUCUUCCCGUGAUUUACAGAUUUGCUUGCAGAUCUUUAUCGGGCACAGAUGUCCCUGUGAAGCUGGCCGCGUUUGCAGCACUGCGAGCGGUUCUUGUGGGAUGUAUGGCGUCUGUCAAGAAGCAGCUGCAAAGGAUUGCCAGGCUUGUUUUGAGAGCGUUGAUGGAUUCGCAACUACACGCGGUGACCUUCGUGCUAAUAGCAGAUCUUUGUGGCUUGAUUCCUGCGGAAACACGUUGCGGAUCUUGUCGUCUGGCCGAGAGGCUACUUCCACCGCUGUUGCAGCAGCUGCAGACAUUACAGCUUCGAGACGCAGUCUUCCCUCAUGCUCUUGGCGCCUUAGAAGCCGCUUGUCCAAGAACAGCACCUGGACUGGGCAAAGGCAGAACCGUCAGGACCGGACUCUUUCCGGCUUCCGCAGCUCCGUUCCGACCGCAAAGCGGUGUUGUGGCCAUUGCAUGGACAGGCCAAAAGCUGGAAGAACUUCUGACUCAGUUCAGCCGCGAAACAUCUCCCGAUGUUUGGGAUGGCAUUGCAACUCGUCUCUGUGCUCUCCUUACAGCGCUCGUUCAACGACAGCCAGCUAGACGCAGUGGUGACAAGACCCUGAAAGGAUUGGGAUCGAAAAUUGCAAUCGUUCUUCACCGUGUACUGGUCGCCACCAAUGUUUCGUCCGAAAGUCGAUCCAUGGCUCUGGAAGCAGCUGGCGCAUGGAUCAAGAUUUCAGCAGACAUGGGCUUGAAAUGUCAAGAGCUACAAGAUCUUUUCAACAUUUCUUUACAUGCAGCGGAACGUGGUCUGCAAGGCCCACACAGCGAGCAGAACGUAGCAGCUGAUGCUGCUCUUCGAUUUCUUGUCUUGCUAGGCCCCUUGGCACCUUCACCUGGAGCUGCCUUUGCCGCGGGUUUGGAGCAAUGUGCUGGAACGCCCAGCCCUGCUUUGCUUCAGGCUCUAGCAUCCCUUGCUUCGACCCAAGGUUUGCUUUUGGGGAUGCCGGAGGGGACAAGACUAGCCACUCUUCUUACAACCUUUUUGGAACAGCCUCAUUUGUGUGGUCCUGCGGCAGAUUUGGUUAGGCACCUGCCUUUGAGCGAGGCGAUGGGUGUACUGCUGGUCCGAAUUGCUACGCUUUUGGAUCAGGAGGAGCGACCAGAUGUGUUCUGCAGCCUGUGUAUGGCAGCAGCGCAUGUGGCUGCACAGGAUGCGCCACAAGGUGAACUCUCCGAGGCCCUCCAGCUGCUGAGGACUGUGGUGGAAAGGCUGCAGCAUAAACGUAGCAUGCGGAGUCGUGGAGGAUUGCCGGAAAACUCUGACCAGGAGAUUGCCGGAAAACUCUGCUCGGAACGGAGUGCACCCACUGUGGCAUCCACUGCAGACCUCGAAGCCUUGACCAACGAGAAGCCUUCGAACAUCUUCGAACCCUUUGUGCCCUGGAGGCCAGAGCUCCACACGCUCAUGGUGCCAACGCUGCUUUCAGAUCCGCAGUUUGCCGUACCUUCUUUGGUCCGUACCUGUGCGAGCGCAGCACACCAGUACCGCCCACCUCUUAAGAACGGGUGUCCACCAGAUCGUGGCAGUUACGUAGAGCCAGCGCAGAUGAUGACUAGACUUCAGUAUCGCGCAGCUGUUGCAGGGCACAAAAAGGCGCCAGAUUGUGUGGGACAGCUGGCGGCGACUGGGCAGACUUUCGUGGCCAAAUGCAUUUCCUUGGCCGCCUUGAAUGAUCAGGAUCAGGACUUGGCACACCAAGAGGUUUUCCUGUUGCAGACUCUCAGCCAUCCAUACAUCGUGGCAUACAGAGAUAGCUUCUUGAUUGAAGGGGCGAACACCUUGGUGAUCGUGAUGGAGUAUUGUGGAGGCGGCGACAUCAGGAAGGCGAUCAAGGAAAAAGCAAAGGAGGGUGCGUAUUUUUCAGAAGAGCAGAUUAUGACCUGGUUUGUACAGCUCUGCCUUGCUCUGCAGUACAUUCACUCGGAGAAGAUCCUUCAUCGUGACCUGAAAACUUCCAAUAUUUUCCUCACAGAAGAUGGCUCGGUCAAACUGGGGGACUUUGGUGUCUCCAGAGUCCUCGAAGGAACUACAGAGGCAGCAGUCACGAUUGUGGGCACGCCUUACUACAUGUCACCUGAAGUUUGCCGAAGUGAGCCUUACAACUGGAAGUCAGACAUUUGGGCCUUGGGAUGCGUGCUAUACGAGUGCUGCAUGCUGAAGCACGCUUUCGAAUCUUCAUCAUUGUUAGGUUUGGUCUACAGGAUAGUAAGCGGGCACUAUGAACCCAUUCCGGACUUCUAUUCGCCUGAACUGAAUUUACUCAUCAAUCAGCUCCUGAUGAAGGAUGCAGAGCUGCGACCUUCAAUCAACGAGUUGUUUGCCAAUCCCUAUGUCAAGGCCUACCUGGCAAAGCAAUCAGCACCAGUUGAAGCACCAAGUCCUCCAGAACCUCCAGCACCGCAUGCCCCAAAGAAAACAACUUUGAGGCCAGAAGGUGCUUCGAGACCACCACCACCACCUCCACUUCCCAAGGAGCCUGCUCCAGCAUCAGGCCCAGCACCUGUCAGUCCUCAGUCAACCUUCAGGGUCAUCAUGGCUCGGAUACGCCGGCGCUUGGUCGGUCAGAAGCUCAAUUGGAUCUCGUCAGUGGCUUCUUUCGACGAUGAUGGCGAUGGUGCAUUGACGCCGGAUGCAAUGGGCCAUGCUUUGAUGACCAUGCCACUGGGACUCAGCGAUGACGAGAUCCAGAUGCUUACCUCAGCCCUUGCUCCAACUCCUGGGGCCAAGAUCUCUUUGGAUGCAUUUAGCUCACACCUCCAAGAGGUGGCUCCUGAGGUCCAACAGUACGAGACAUGGGCUCGACAGGUCUUGGCACCCCCGGGCAGAAGGCUGCAUGAUGUGCUUCGAGCGAAGGACAUAGAGCGCAGUGGAACUUUGGCUCCAAGUGUCUUCCACGAGACCUUGCAGGAAUUAGUGCCUGUGCUCACUCCUCCGCAUUUGGAACUGCUUGCAUUGCUCGCCGACAAGAACGGUUUGGGGGAUGUGGACUAUGGAGAGUUUCUGGAAAACUUUGGACCACCUCUCCUUGGACCAUCCGGACCACCGGGACCGCCUCGGCCACCAGCAGCUCCAGCGCCACCUGGAAUGCCACCCCUGCCUGGUGGGGGAGCUCCAACACCACCGGGUAUGCCUCCACUGCCUGGUGGACCUUCGGGCUCUGCAAGCCUAAGCCAGUCAGUCUCCGGGGUUGACCCGCUGAGUAUGACAGGAACGUUGGGUGGUGUGGAUAUCAAUUUCGACAAAGGCUUUUUCACCUGCACAUCUCAUUCAGGAAUCCGAGGUACAGCAACCCUGGGAAGAUCCUCAGGCAGGGUGUCUUUGUCGGCUCAAGGCUGCGCACUGAUUUUCGGGCGUAUCCGCAGAAGGUUGGAAGCAGCUGGCAUUGGCCUUGCUGACGCUUUGGCUUUGUUUCUUCUUCCCGGGGAAAAAGAGCUUUCUGCAGAGCAAUUGCUGGAUGCUACGUCAACGCUGCCGUUGGGGACUUCACGGGCAGAGAUGCAGCAACUCUUCAGCAAGGUUGAUGCAGACGGUUCUGGCAAAGUUUCGAUUUCCCAGCUGGAGCAAGGCAUCGCCCAAGCGAAUCCCGAAGAUUGCUGCAAGCCGCCUUCAUGGAUCUCUGCUGCUAUCACUGAGAGAGGCUUGUGUAAUCAGAUAAGUUCAACGUUGAAACAGCGAUGCGUUGGUGGCAUGCGACUUGCACCUGAAUCAGCUUUCAGGCGAGCCAUCAUGGAGACAGAGAGAUAUUUGACGUCAGAUCAAUUAACUUCUCUCCUUCUGAUGGCAGACAAGAACUCCGGAGGUUUAGUCGACUACGAGGAAUUUGCUGAGCGCUUCAGCGGGUCUCAUGCGCCAAGGUCAGUCCCUGGCGGUGUUUUGCCCGCUCCAGCUGAAGCUGCUGAUGCUCCAGCAGAGGAGAUCCAGGCUGUGAGUGCCAGGACGGAUGCCAUCAUGGAAAGCCAUGCGUUCCAAGCAGAUCGACUACCUGCUUUGCUGGGCCUAUGGGGUACAGGCCUGGAUAUUCCAACAUUGGCUGCUGUAGUGGCAUCACUACCCUUGGGAUUGUCCAGAAGAGAAGCUGUUUCACUUCUUGCAGUCGGAAGCGUAGAAGCAGUUGCUGCCAACAUGAGACAGUUGCGGAGUCAGGGAGCCUGGAAAGGAUAUGUUGAAUGGGCUCAAGGAAGCAUUCCAGUGCAUGAGCUGAGACAGGUGCUAAACCAUCAGGUGAUCGAAGCUGAGUCUCGUACAUUGGAGCCUGGUGAUUUCAUGGAGGCACUUGCUUCAGCAGGAGUACCUACAGCCAACAUUCAUACAGCCAUGUGGCUGGCGCAAAAGACGAGUCAAGGCGACGUGCAAGUAGCUUCCUUCCUAGAAGCCUUCAGUGGAAGCCCUCAAGCCUCAAAGAAGAAGCGAGGAUUGCUUUGGCGAAUGAUGGGUCGAUGA